AUCCCGGUUCAGUAGGGUGUGUGGCGUGUGUCAAGUGUUCCUACGCUACGGUCGCCACCGCAGAAAUGAACCGCGAGAGCUUCGCGGCGGGGGAGCGGCUGGUGUCGCCGGCUUACAUACGGCAAGGCUGUGAGGCCCGCCGCUCGCACGAGCACCUCGUACGGCUGCUUCUGGAGAAGGGCAAGUGUCCAGAGGAUGGUUGGGAUGAAAGUACACUUGAACUCUUUUUGCAUGAACUUGCAAUCAUGGACAGCAACAAUUUCCUGGGCAAUUGUGGUGUGGGUGAAAGAGAAGGGAGAGUGGCAUCUGCAUUAGUUGCUCGGCGUCAUUACAGGUUCAUUCAUGGAAUUGGACGAUCGGGUGAUAUUUCCGCUGUGCAACCCAAAGCUGCAGGUUCUAGCCUUUUGAACAAAAUUACCAAUUCUUUGGUCCUGGACAUCAUAAAGUUGGCUGGUGUCCAUACAGUGACCAACUGCUUUGUGGUUCCUAUGGCAACUGGUAUGAGUCUAACCUUGUGUUUCUUAACAUUACGACACAAAAGACCAAAGGCAAAGUAUAUUAUAUGGCCGAGAAUAGACCAGAAGUCCUGCUUUAAGUCCAUGAUCACUGCAGGUUUUGAGCCUGUGGUGAUAGAGAACGUGUUAGAAGGAGACGAGCUGCGCACGGACCUGGAAGCAGUGGAGGCUAAAGUCCGGGAACUUGGGCCCGAUCACAUUCUGUGCGUUCAUUCUACGACGUCCUGUUUUGCUCCAAGGGUGCCCGAUAGACUGGAGGAGCUGGCCGUGAUCUGUGCGGACUACGGUGUUCCGCACGUGGUCAACAACGCUUACGGGGUGCAGUCGUCCAAGUGCAUGCACCUCAUCCAGCAGGGGGCUCGAGUUGGUAGAAUAGACGCUUUCGUUCAGAGCUUGGACAAAAAUUUCAUGGUUCCAGUAGGUGGCGCUGUAAUUGCUGGCUUUAAUGAUUCCUUCAUUCAGGAAAUCAGCAAGAUGUAUCCAGGAAGAGCUUCGGCUUCACCUUCUUUAGAUGUCCUUAUCACUUUAUUAUCACUUGGAUCAAAUGGCUAUAAGAAGCUAUUAAAAGAAAGAAAGGUGUCUGCUGAGUGGGACCAGGGUGCGCGAGGAGAGAGCGGAAUGGCUGCCCCGGCGGCUGGUGCUGGCUCGCUGGGCUUAGAAGACAAGCUAAGUUCUGAAAGAACAUCAGACAUGCAGCUCUUGGCGCUGUCCUGUAACAAAGCUAAGUGUGGACACACGAGUAGAUUUGCAGCCCUAGAAGUGGAGUAGCUGAAUUUCAACCAAAGUGUCAGAUCGCAGGCCUGGUUUCGGGGCCUCCACAGAAGCAUUUUGAAAGCAGGGCGCUAGCCUGGGGCGCAGGGCCUGGGGAGUGUGCCCGGGGCCCCUCGGCUGGCCCCGGCCAGAGCAGCGGGUUGCAUUCGGAGCUGCACUGGGGGGCCUCCAUGUGCUGGGUCUGUACCUGCUGUCCGUUGUCUGUCUACCCUUUCAUGGUGCUGUGCACGUGUUAGGCCACUUGUUAUGUUUCCUGUUUGAUCUAUUAUCUACUUUGUAAGAUAUGUUAUAAUAAUUUCUGAAGCCCUAUUUUCAUCUUCUAACACAAAACAGUAUGUUUCAAAAAACAUGAUUACAUAAGAUAUUUUCCCUUAAAAUUUUGUGAAUUAUGCACAUUUGGGGGUUAUGAGGAGGGAUAGGCUAAACGUUGGGCUCUACAGCUGCAAAUCAAUUUGCAAAAGGCCACGUGAAAGAUGAUGCUUAAUAUAACUCAGCUUCGCUUCCAUGAGCAUCUUGAACUACGGUGUAAAGUUUUGUAUUUUUAUUCUAGAAAUAUAGCUGACAUUAGCAUUCAGGUAUGCAGUUCAGUUUAUCUCUAGUGAAGAGUCCUUUAAAAUUAAGUUAAAUACAGCACAAAAGACAUUGAAAAUCAAUAAUAUUUCAUUUCUUUUAAGUAAGAUCUUUCUAUAUACAUUUGCUUUGGGUGCUUAUAAAUUUCUCCCUUUACCAAAGUAUUUUAUAAUAAAUGUCAGUUAUAGAUUUAACUGUGGCAAAAAAAAAUAGUGCAGGUUUUGUAGUACCUUCAAUAUAUCAGGAAAAAAUUGCUUAGCUAAGUAGCAGUGUAGGAAAUAGUGAUACAGUCUCCUAAACGAUAUUUUUUAAAUGUAGUGAUAUUAAUGGGAGAGCAUUGAGGACCUUGACCUGCCAAAUACUGUAGGAUUCAGUAUCUUGUGUGUUAAGAUGUUUAGGCUUCUUUGCCUAUUGGAUUACCUAUCAUAACCCUUUACACAAAGUAUUUGCAGAUGGAGGUGAACUUGACUCACAGAUGUUUUCUUUUGUGCCUAAUUACUCCCAUACUACUUACAUGUAGGAUUUAGUUACCUUAGCAUUAUGUUUGUGGUCUAAAGAUGUUAGUUGUAGGUAAACCUGAAUUCUAGUGGUAUUGGUAACUGGUAGGACUGGAUAAAACUGAUUUGUUAAAGUACUAGAAAUUGAGUAUUAGGAGCAUCUCAGUUUUUUAAUAGUCAUGUAUGCAUCAGUAAGUUUAAAAGCACCCUCUAGGAGUAUUACUAGGGAAACAUUUCCUCUUUUUUUGGAAAUAGCUAAGUACAAAUAUGCACAUACUAAUUACUCAUCAGGUUUCUUAGUUUACAAGUGUGACCACAUUGGUGAUUAUUGGGGUAGCCAUACUAGACAGAAUAAUAUUUUGCAUUUGUCCUCACCACUGAAAUAAGUAUUUUGCAGUGACUCUAAGGGUGGAAAACGUAGGAGUCUAUAAAAGGUAUUUCCUAGCUAUCAGAUUUCUUUCUGCUUACCAGAAGUUGAAUUUGAGACUAAGAGAAUUAGACAGAUGCAGAUUAAGACUUUGGUGUAUAAUACAGAUUAUAAAAAAUCAGCAGUUAACAUCUAAAUUAAAAUGUGACUGCUUUUUUCUUUUUUAAACAAUAUAGAGCAUUUAAAUUAGUGACCUAGUUACUUUAUAGUAGAUGAAAAUAAAUAAAUGAAAUCCAGAAAUUCUACUGUUCAUCAGUACUGGCAUAGUACUAAAAGAUUAGAAAUUGUUCCAGUUGUCAGAAAAACUCUUGAUCUUUGCAUUCCAUUUGAUUCUCUUACUGUUUCACCUUCUGAAGUGAUUAUCAGAACAGUAGUUUAAGAAGGAGGGGCCAGGAAGUCUUUAUAUGUUUAAGAAAAGUUAACUAAACAGCUCUUUACAGUUUGUAAAUGGUGAUGACAUUUGCUUCCUUAAUUAUUUCUCUACACUAUUUUUUUAAAUGUUUAUUUUUGAGCGAGAAAGAACAUGAGUGGGGGAGGGGCAAAUAGAGGA